AUGGCUCUCUAUCCGAAUAAUGUGCUCUGUCGAGCAGACCAGCAAGCCCUCUGUCGUGCCUUUGGAAUUCGCCUCGUUCCCUCGCCCACUGUCGUGCAGCUGGCCAAAAAUGCCGGGUUCGACUCGCUCUUCAUCGACCUCGAGCACUCCACCCUCAUCCUUAAUAAGGCCAGCUAG